GAGGACGAUACCGGACGUUACACUUGUCUGGCCUCAAAUUCCAUUGGCUCUGAUAGUACGUCAGCUGAAGUAUUCAUUGAAGGUGCCAGCUCAACUGAUUCUGAGAGUGAAAAUUCAGUUUUCAAGUUAAAAUCUGGAGCUAUGCCACAGGCUCAGAAGAAAACUACUUCUGUUUCCUUAACAAUAGGAUCUUCUGCUCCAAAGGCUGGAGUCACCACAGCUGUAAUUCAGCCUAUUUCUGUGCCCAGUCAGCAGGUCCAAAGUCCUACUUCAUGUCUGUACCGUCUAGAUGGAUCCAAGCCAGUCUGCUGUGCACCCAUUUUUACAAAGGAGCUGCAAAACUCCACAGCAUCUGAAGGGCAGGUGGUUGUACUAGAGUGUAGAGUCAGGGGAACACCUCCUGUGCACGUCAAGUGGUUUCGGCAAGACAUGGAAAUCCAAGAUUCUCCAGAUUUCAGAAUUCUCCAGAAAACAGAGCCACGAUCUGCAGCAGAACCUGAGGAGAUCUGUACCCUGGUCAUUGCAGAGACUUUUCCUGAAGAUUCCGGAACCUUCGCAUGCACAGCAGCAAACGAGUACGGAUCAGCAACAAGCAGCGCACAGCUGACAGUCUGCUCAGCCAACUCGGAAAGCUCUUGCCAUGAAUUGUCAGCAAGAGAAUCCAACUGUGAUGAUUUCCAGCAUUUCCCGCCUCCCCCUCCAAUGCUUGAGAUUAGUUCUCUUGAGCUUCCUCCAAAGAAGCACACAGAGAGCCACCAGGUGAACAACACUGAACGUAGACCCAGUGUAGCAGCUCUUCAGUUACAGCUAAACUCUUCUGAGAAGAAACCUAAUGGCAUCCAUCCCAGUCAUGGAGUAAAUGGUGUGAUUAAUGGCAAAACUAACAGUGAUAAAUCUACCCCAUCUCCAGCUGUCUUGCUUUCACCCACCAAGGAGCCGCCACCAGUGCUUGCCAAACCAAAGCUAGACCCUCUAAAGCUAAAGCAACUACAGAACCAAAUUCGUCUGGAACAAGAAGGUGGCCAGCGGUAUCAUCAUCAACAGCAACUUGGUGCCCAUCCAAAUCCUCCCUCUUCUCCUUCUUUUCCUCCUCCACCGUCAUUCCAGGAGCUUGAGUCCAGUCAGUCUGUCACUUCUCCUGUGCAAAUGAGCGUUCUCAACUCCCACACUUCUCCCAACAUGCAGUCAUCCAGCUCCUUCAACUAUGCCCGGCCAAAACAGUUCAUUGCUGCUCAGAACAUCAGUCCUGCCUCAGGUUAUGUGACCCCUUCAUCUGGAUCAUCCACGUCCAGUCUUCCAUCUCCAAUUUCUCCAACCAGCUCUCAGAAACAAUUUGGCCGAGCACCUGUUCCUCCUUUCUCCCAGCAGUUUGCCCCAGAAGGGGAGUACCCCUGGUCUCCUUCAUCUCCCUCGCCCCCGCCACCACCUCCACCAGUCUUUAGUCCAACUGCAACAUUUGCAGUUUCUGAUUCCUUUCCACUUCCUCCUCCUCCACCCCCUCCUCUCCCUAGUUUGGUUUCCUCACCUUCCCACAGCCUCUCUCCAACAGCUAGAUUCUCUAACUCCAGCCAGUCUCCAGCAGCUUUCCUCAGCUCCAUGCUACCAUCCCAGCCACCACCCAUCCCUGUCAACGCACUAGGACUUCCAAAAGGUGUCACACCUCCGGGAUUUCCAAAGAAAACAGGCAGAACUUCUAGGAUAGCAUCUGAUGAGGAGAUUCAAGGGACAAAAGAUGCUGUCAUACAAGACCUAGAAAGAAAACUUCGCUUCAAAGAAGAUCUUCUGAACAAUGGCCAACCGAGGUUAACAUAUGAGGAAAAGAUGGCUCGUCGACUACUGGGUGCAGAUAGUGCUGCCACUGUCUUUAAUUUACAAGAACCAGAGGAAGAACCCACUACACAGGAGUACAAGGUCUCCAGCUUUGAGCAAAGACUGAUCAGUGAGAUUGAGUACCGGCUGGAGAGAUCUCCUGUGGAAGAAUCGGAUGAUGAGGUACAACAUGGAGAUGAUCCUGUUGAUAAUGGUGCAGCCCCCUACUUUGAGAUGAAGCUGAAACAUUACAAGAUCUUUGAAGGAAUGCCAGUGACAUUUACAUGCAAAGUGGCUGGGAACCCAAAUCCAAAGAUUUACUGGUUCAAAGAUGGGAAGCAAAUCUCUAAGAGAAGUGAUCACUACAGAAUUCAAAGAGAACCUGAUGGGACCUGCUCUCUCCACACUGUAGCCUCCACCCUGGAUGAUGAUGGGAAUUACACUGUCAUGGCUGCCAACCCACAGGGCAGAAUAAGCUGUACUGGAAGGCUGAUGGUCCAAGCUGUCAAUCAAAGAGGCCGCAGUCCUCGGACACCUCCUGGCCAGCCUCAUGUCAGAAGGCCCCGAUCUCGAUCAAGGGACAGUGGUGAUGAAAAUGAACCAAUUCAGGAACGAUUCUUCAGACCUCACUUCCUGCAGGCUCCUGGAGACCUGACUGUUCAAGAAGGAAAACUCUGCAGAAUGGACUGCAAGGUCAGUGGAUUACCAACUCCGGAUCUAAGCUGGCAAGUCAAUGGAAGACCAAUUCGUCCCGACAGUUCUCACAAAAUGUUGGUGCGUGAGAAUGGUGUGCACUCCCUGAUCAUAGAGCCAGUCACAGCUAGAGAUGCUGGAGUCUACACAUGCAUUGCCAGCAACAAAGCUGGUCAGAACACAUUCAGCCUGGAGCUUAUUGUUGCAGCUAAGGAAGUACACAAGCCACCAGUGUUUAUAGAGAAGCUACAGAACACAGGAGUGGCUGAGGGAUACCCAGUGCGACUGGAGUGCCGCGUCUAUGGAGUGCCACCUCCUCAGAUAUUUUGGAAGAAAGAGAAUGAGUCACUCACCUAUAACACUGACAGAGUGAGUAUGCACCAGGAUAAUCAUGGCUACAUCUGCCUGCUUAUUCAGGGAGCUACAAAAGAAGAUGCUGGUUGGUAUACUGUGUCAGCUAAAAAUGAGGCUGGAAUAGUGUCCUGCACUGCCAGGCUGGAUGUGUAUACUCAGUGGCAACAACACCCACAGACCACCAAGCCAAAGAAGGUACGUCCCUCAGCCAGUCGAUAUGCAGCACUUUCUGACCAAGGACUAGACAUCAGGGCAGCGUUCCAGCCUGAAGCAAACCCAGUUCAUCUGACAUUACAGUCUGGCUUGGUAGAGAGCGAUGACCUGUAAACCUGAGCUGCCAUACCCAUCUUUUUUCUUUCAACGCAGAAACACUGAAAACCGUUGCCUUGAUCAAUGAUACUUCUAUGUCACUUUAUGUAAGAGGCAAACACCUUCAAGUACAAGACAUAAAGAACACCUUAACCAUAUAUUUCUUAUUCCUUAUACCAAAUUAGGAAAAUAAGUAGCUGAUUAUUAAUAGAAAUGUACACAUUGCACAGAAAAAAAAAUCACAAUCACCAUCAACUCCUAUCUAGGUUGCUUCAACUCCUGUGAAUAACCAUUUUCAUAAAGCCAAAAUACUAAAGCAAACCAGAAUUUUUAAAAGUAAGCACACUGUUUGUCACCAAGUGCUUUCAUAAGCAAGAUAUAUUUGCUACACGAUCAUCAAUGGUGCAAGGCAUUUCAUUUGAGGCCAUUAGACCGCAAACAGAAAAAUAGAAUGUAUGGUUAUCUUUUUGCAAUUCUCAAAGGGCAAUGUAUUCUGAUAGCUACAGUGAGCAAGUGCAAUAUUGUAAGAAUAAAACAGGAAGGGAGAAGGAAGAGAAAUUUAAGCAAAUGCCUUAUUUCUGCAAACUGAUUUCUGUUCUACAGCGAAAAACAACUGUGCCUAAAAUGUUAUUAAUUAGCAUUGGCAAUUCUAUAUAGCAAAGUCAACACCUUAGUUCUGGAUUUUUUUAUAUCUAUUUUUUCUUUUGUGCCACCUAGCAGGAGGCUUAUUUACAUACUGCAAGGCUAAUUUAAGCAUAAAUAAUUUAACCUGUUCAUCACGAAGAAUAAAAGCUGAGGUCUAAUAAUGCUCCACUACAGACGAUAAAUCCCAUCACCUAGGUGAGGCAUGUGUGGGAGUAAGGAAGAAUGCCAACAGUUUAGUUUUACUUCAUUAGGUUAGCAAACUUGGGCGAAAUAGGGCAAAAGACUGGACCUUUCUUAUGGGUUCUUUGAAAACAAUCUGCAAAAACAUAAGAGCACUGCCAUUCACAUAUUUGAAAUCCUAAGUUCAACUGAACACAGGAGAGUGUAAGUACUGGACAUUUCUGAUUGUUUAGAGCUUGUGUAAUAAGGCUGAGGAUUCUAGAAGUGUAUAGCAAGUGGAAUAUGGGUUGAGUUUGCUAUAUGGGUUUAAAUGACAAGUAUACACCAUAGUGGAUAGAUUAGUAGAUCUGAGGGAAGCAAAGAAUGAAGAUGGACAAAAAACCCAACACAUUUUGUGCCAUAAUAUUUUUAACAAAGCUUGUGUAUGUGGUGGAUGGUAUUAUUUGUUCUCUUUCCUACUGUAGGAUAACACAAUAACCCUACCAAGGCUAGGGCGUGUGUACAGUAGGCAAAAAUGUUAGAAGGGCUACUUUCAGAAUGUAAAGCAAUUCUACACCAAACUGGACUCUACCUAGUCAAAGUAUAUUAGGCAGUUUUGAUUCACAACCAAUUAAUUUUAAUUGAAGGGGUGGGUUGGGGUGUAAGAAUUUGAUUAGGCCUGAUGGGGGAUAAUGAGGUUUUGAUGGUACGAGCGUACUUUGCUAUGAAAGGAAAACACUGUAUUCCUUAUAUGAAGCACAUAUAUGGUAUCUUUCAUUAUUUAUAAUAAAAGUGUUGAAAUCUUUAUCUCAGUUCAGUUAUUCAAGUCCAGUACUUAGUUUUUUUAUUUUUUAUUUUGUAAUUGUGUACCACACCAUAUAUUUGCAUUACUGCUAUACAUGUAUUGCUUUGUACUUCUGUGUAAGUACACAAACCAAGUUUUUAGCGGUUAAUAAACUUAAGCACAUACGAUAGUUCUAUUCUAUGCAGAUUGGUGCCGACUAUGGCCACACCUAUAGGCAUUGCUAAUCUAAAUUAAUGUCAUACACAGUCUGUCAUAUGGAAAAAAUCUACCUAUAGGAAAAUUAUGUUGUAUCAUUUGCCAAAUGUUUCGACUGUGACAUGCUAAUUUACCAUUUGUUUAGCUUCACUAGCAUUAUUUUGCCACCUUUAUUUGUAUUUAUAAAAAAUGUACUAUUCAUAUUAUUUUGGAUUGUUGUGCUGACAUGUGGGUUUAAUAUCAAUAAAUAUUACACCAAUA